CAGAUGAGGUGCAGUAAUGUACGAGUUGACGCUAGAGUCGCUUGUGUAGCUUAUGUAGCUGUCAGUCAGCUGGUUAGCGGAUUGUAAUUAUGUGGGGUUCGUACGCAUAAGUGUCAGUGCACAGGUAAUUGAGUUUAUUGUGAUUGUGAUUGUGAUUGUGUAUUUGACUAGAAUCAUUCGAAAAUGUUUUCUGGACUUACAAAUCAAGUGAGUUCCUGGAUGGGUGGUACAGGUAAAAAGGAGGGAGACUUGUCGAAACCUGAAGACGAGAAACUGUCUUCACCCAUUGCAGAAACUGGUACUGCUAACAACACAGAAGGCGAAAAGAAGGAUACAAGCCCAACAAAAGGCAGCAAGCUGGAAAUGCUGUCCAGUGUGAAAAGUCAAAUGACGGGCUGGUUGAGUAUGGGUGUUCCGGGUCUGCGUAAGGGCGAUGAGUUGGCCACCGAUAAUCAGGAUACAUCUAUGAUUGGGGAAGGAAAGCCUGAAGUGGAAUCGCCUGCCUCAGAAAAGUCUGUGAAAGGGUCCCCCAUAGAACAGAAAGAUGACGACGAUUCCAGGUGGGACAGUGCCACAGGUGGCGCGGAUAGCGAUGUCGCAGCUUCGGAUCCCGGUACCCCAGCCGAAGACAAGGAAAGUGGGCAGGCCUUUGGAGGAGGUGUGUCUACAAAAGCUUUGCAAGGAGCGAAAUCCAUAGGGAAUUUUCUGUUUUCUGCUGUGAACAAGGCUGGGAAGACAGUCAGCGAAGCAAGUGCUAAAAUCAAGAAGACUGUUGAGGAGAAUAGUCUGCUGGGUGAGUUUAACAAGGAACAGGAAGCGUUCAUCAGAGAGAAGCAAGGCAAGACAUCCGAUGCAGCAGUGCCUCCGUGGGUGGGGUGCCCCAAUGAGGAGAGCCUCAAGGAGGAGUUUCUUACCCUCUCAACAGACAGGCGAAACUUUGUUCGAAGCCCCCCAGCUGGAGUUGAUUUCCAGUUUGAUUAUGAAAUCUCAUACCCUGUUGCCAUGGCGACACUAGCUGAAGAUCCGAACCUUGAGAAGAUGAGAUUUGAACUGGUACCUAAAGUGAUCAACGAGGAAACUUUCUGGCGGAACUACUUCUAUCGUGUGAGUCUGAUACGCCAAGCCAAUGAACUGUCUUCAAUGGCUCAGGAAGGUGGCCGGGAGUCCGAUCCCACCUCUCAUGCCAACAGCACAGAUGUGGAGCCAGCAGUGAAACCUCACCUCGAUGAUGUGUUAGUUCCGGAAAGCACCUCCACCGACAGCCCUACCCAUGAGUUUGUGUCAGACACUUUCCGGGCGAGCUCCAGUGACCUGGAGGAGGUGCGGGAGGGAAUGAAAAAGUUGGGCAUGGACCCAGCCAAGAGAAACGAAGAAGAAUGGGAGAAAGAGCUCGAAGCAGAGUUGCAAGAUUAUGAAGUGGUUGCUGAUGGAAACACUCACCAGGACUCCAACUGGGAGAGUCAGAUCGAGGAGAUGCUGGACGCAGAGGAGACAGACCUCAAGUAGUGGAGACUCGCUCAGUUAAUUAACAAAGAUUUUGGAAAGAAUUAUGCUAUUUCUCGAGAAUUCCUCAUUUGUGUGUUCUCUGUCCAAAGAAAACAUAUGACUGUUGAAAUAUAACAUAUAAAUAGUUAGUAUAACUGCACUGAUGUUUUUCCAAUCUUUCUGUUUUCUUUGGAUUUGGAGAUUUGCAUGGAAAAAAAUUACCCCAGUCAUAUUACUCUUUGAAUUGCAUAAGCAUUUUAUAGUCACAGAGAGGGUUUGUAUGUAUAUUGUGAUUCUAAAUGGCUCAUGAAUGUGGAUCAUGCAAUUGUUAAAUGUAUAUAUUGUAAUUUGGGUUUCAUGUGUGUGUAUCAACAUUGUACAGUACUGUUCUCAUUCUGCUCUGAAUGUGAAGUUAGGUUUUUGUACUUCUGUACACAGAUCCACUUAACAGAAACAUUUUCAAAAGUCACCAUAAACUUUUUCACUGUAACACCAAUGUUUGUCUUAUUUUUAAUUUUCAUUGGAAAUUUACAUUGCCCUGGAUGAGGAUUGAAUCCAAAAGCCUGUUUUCCUCAAAAGCUUCAUCUUUACGGUUUCAAGAACAUUGCCUGACAAGAUGAAAAUAUUCCUGACCCUAAGGUCUGAAGUUUUACAGUGGUGAAGAAUUAAUAUUAUAGUGUAGGAUGGUAGGUGGGUACCAGAAUUUUGGAGGAACAUGCUGCCCCAUUACAGACUACAGAAUGUUAUAACCCAGAAGACCACAAUAUGAAUUCUUCACUCUGGCAAGCUCUCACUCACCGACACUGUGGGCAUUGGUAGCCAACAUUCUCAGAUGGAUUUAUUGUCUCAAGGCAUUAAUGACAAAGUGAAGGGUGUCAUUGUUAACCUAACAGUUAAGGAAAUUCCAAAAGAAUAAAAUCUGUUCUAUUUUGACUGAGGUGAUGAUUUUAUACUCAAAAUAAAAGAAUAUAUUGCAGUAGGACAGUUGUAAGAAGAUGUGUUAUCACUUCUUACUUCACUUAAGUAAGAAAAAUACACCAUCAAAAUAAAUGUUAAUUAAAUUAGUAAAUAUGCUGCAGAACUGUACGGGGAUGGCUAUGGCUAAAAUGACACUGUAGUGUAAUAUUCGUUCCCUUAAUACAGCCAGAUUAUUGUUAAUUACUGAUUUCAAAAUUAUAAUCAUGAGGCAUUAUUUAUAUUGAUUCAAUAUGCCAGAUUUUAUUUUACAUUAUAUUCUGGAUUAUGCCAGAUCAUGAGAUUAGAAUUACAACAUUUGAUAUAGUUGCAUUUGAAACCUGAAAGUAAUUGUGAACAUGCUGCAUAAUGAGUAGAAUGUUCAGAUUUGAUCAUUUCAGUUUUGGAAUUUCUAAGUACAUGGUUAAAACUUUUAAAUUUGAAAGCUUUGAGCUCCUCAUGUUUGAAGUGUGCAGAUGUUUUAGAUCAUCCUGUUAUGCCACAUUCUUGUAAUACACAGACACAAAAUACAGAUGAUUUAUACUGCUUUUGUGGAUGCAUAUGAAAGAAAGGUUGUCACAAAGACAAAACAAAAUAAUGUAUUAUGUGCUUAGGACAUUUUAGAAGUAUAAUGGAGAUCGAUCAUCCUGUUAAUAAGCAUGUCAUUAACUGGAAUUUCGUGUUGACAACUGUUUGUCAAUCUGAUGAGUGUUUGUAUCCUCUUGUCCACUAUCUACUGAGACAGUUUUUGGUGUCCCCCAGAAAUUAAAGCUUAUGAAUGUUCCUGUACUAGAGUGUGAGGGUGUAAGGGUGUAAGGGAUGAAUAUUGUCUUCACAGUUUACUGAUCAAAGUCCAUACAUAGCAGGACAUUGUACACUUACAACAAAAACUGGCAGCAGCUUCAUUAUUUCCUUUUUAACUCAAGCAUAUUCUGUGAGAAUGGCCAUGCCAGCUGGUAUUUAGUAGUGAUAAAGAGCAAGGGAAAAAUGGUGGCUGUCCACUUAGAGGUUGCUGAGGUUCUGUGCUCAAGAAGGCAUUCUUUUUAUGGACUACAGAAUAAAAAUGUUACAUAGAAAUGAUAGGAGCUAUUAUGUUUGCAGUAUGUAACCUGAAGUGUGUCAAUCGUUGCUGACUGUCGUGAGACGUUUUCUUCAAAUAUACUGCAUCAGAAGGCUCAAUGUAGGUAAGAAGUAAGAAUCUCUCAGUCAGGAAGAGUUACUGUUCAUCAUUUGUGGACAGAACUAGGACAAAACACAUGUGUGACUCAAAUUUAAAAGGUCACAACAAUUUUGUAUACUCUUUUAACAAUGGCUGUAAAAUGGACAUGAAUAUGGGGAAGGCAUCAAGGUUGACAAAUGAAAAAUCCAGUUCACUGUGAGCUAUGGUUGCAAUAUUCUGAAUGACACUUAACACAACUAGCCACUAAUCACUGUGUUAAUGGCAGCAUAAAACAACCAUACCACACAUGCUUGAGGAACUAGUAUAAAUAGCGUUAUGUACCAAGUUCGGCCACUACAUAGGCUGACCAUUUAAUAAUAAUGCCCUGUGACUGACCCCUUUGAAAAUGUUAAUAGUUUAUGAAUGUCUUGAUAUCACCAGUAUUUAUUUCCCAUAAACUAAAAGCAUAUAAUUGGGAUUGUAAUGUCAGUAUGUGAGGACCUCAAAUGCAGCAUAAAUAAUCUUCAUGUAUACAUAUUUCCUGAGGUACUCUUAUGAGGAAAGUGUCAUUUCCAUAGUUAUCCUUAUAAAUCCAGUAGGAAUGUGAAGCAAAUAUGUACAUCAUUACUUUGGUGAUGUCCUAAAUACCAAUGUUCUGCUGAAGAAAAGACACAUUUAAUGGGUCGUGCUAAUGGAACUUUUUCAUUGCCGGUAUUUUAUUGUCAUCGACCAUGUAAUGACAUUCACUCCAUAGACAUUGUGAACAAAGGUACCAUAUUAACAUCCUCAGCACUGGACGAAUCUGUGAACUUCAGCUCUGAGAAAGGAUGCAUUCAGAUAACAGAAACACUAGCAAAUUUUAGUGUUAAAUUAAUGAUACCCCAGUAGUCUUUCUCUUUAUGGUAACACAUUCUGCAGAAGUCCAUCUACAGAAAAGAAUGUUUACUCUUUUGGGGGUCAGAAGGUAUGCAGAGCUGUCUUCUGUGACUGGUGCGCCAUUUAGUGCAAGUCUCUCUGUGUCAAGCUGGUUACAAUCUGUUGACUUCUGAAAAUACCUCUGUUCUGUAAAAUUUGCCAGAUCUUGUCCACUUGUGUGAAUAAACUAUUCUAUGGCCUUUGUCUUUUGAAACUUAUAACUGUCUUGUUGAAAUAGUAUUGAGUUACUAAUCUUUUUGUGUCAUGUCCUGUGGCUCUUAUUAUGUACAUUUUUGAUGUCACUUUUCUGCAGUCAUUCCAUUUACCUCUUGCCAUUCCAUGGAGAAAUGUGAUAAAUUUUUUGCUGAACAUGUAAUGAGAUAGUGAUAUCCCUGCCACCUGUAGGAAGGCAUAUAAAGCUUAGAUUCUUAUAAAAAGCAAAAUUUACUUUUCUUUGUUUUCCACCAUUCUUCAAAGGAAUUGUGAUUUCAGAACCUUCCAUAUUGGUCACCAUGAGGAGACCUUGCUCGGUCAUUAUCUUAUAUUAAUGUAUUUAAUUUCUUUAUUGCAAUUCAGAGUAUACUUUGUGCCAGAUUUGUGCAUUGCAAAGCAAACCAAGAGAACGGUAAUGAUCAAAUUCUUUCAUAACAAGCCAAAAGAACCUUCAUGUUCAAAUUGCUUCUAAGGGUGUAAUAAGAGGAAAUAACUUGCUUGGAUCUUUGAACAUGUGGCAGUGAGCUGACUUUAUGAUCUGCAAUUUAAACAUUGUGUUGAGCUCUGAAGGAGAGAUGGCAUUGGUUUUAACGGUUUAGUAUGUUGAUACCUCCUUGAUAUAAAAACUGCACUUAUGCCUUUUGUUUUUAUAUAACCUUAGCUUAGGUUCUUCAUCACAAAUUGUAUAUAAUAGGAAGAUGUGUGAUGUGGUGACUGAGUGAAUAUUGUGUGAAUGGCAUUAUGAGUUUACAGAUGUCAUUGUAUGUUUAUGUACGUAUAUGCAUAGCAAUCAAACUUGUACCGACUAUAUUGAACUUAAGCUGACAUUAACCAACAUGUUUCCACUCCCAUCACAUGGGAAAAUACCAGUGAACAGACUUAUUUUCUUUCUUCCAGUUAUUUAAAUUCUGUUUACUUUAAAAUACUUGUAGAUACAUCCCCCUAAUUGUUAGAAGCAUUAUAAUAGCCUAGUGUAUGUAUAAACAAUAAACUAUGCAUGUAUCUUGUGGAAAUACACUUACUGAACAAGG